UUUCUCUCUCUUCACAUAUGGGAGUUCACAGGCCUACAUAUACACACACGUCAGACUAGCUUAAACUAGAGCAAGCCAUACCAUUUACAUCUCUCUCUGAAGUGGUUGAAGCUUCUAGGGAGCAUCAAUGGCUGUGUUCUUGGUGAUUUUUGGGAUGGUUUUGGUGCUCUGUAUCUGCAGCACUGCUCUUUUGAGAUGGAAUGAGCUGAGGUACAGGAAGAAAGGUUUGCCUCCCGGUACCAUGGGUUGGCCUGUUUUUGGGGAGACUACUGAGUUUCUAAAGCAAGGUCCAGGCUUCAUGAAAAACCAGAGAGCAAGAUAUGGAAGUUUCUUCAAAUCCCACCUACUAGGCUGCCCUACCAUUGUUUCCAUGGAUCCAGAGCUCAACAGAUAUAUCCUCAUGAAUGAAGCAAAAGGACUUGUACCUGGCUAUCCACAGUCCAUGCUUGACAUCUUAGGGGAAUGCAACAUUGCAGCUGUUCAUGGUUCCACUCACAAAACCAUGAGAGGGUCCUUGCUUGCUCUUGUUAGCCCCACCAUGAUCAGAGACCAACUUCUGCCAAAAAUAGAUGAAUUCAUGAGAUCCCACCUAUGCAAUUGGGAUAACAAAGUCAUUGACAUUCAAGAAAAAACCAAAGAGGUUUGUGUGGAGUAA